UACACUGAGAGGAGUAGAGGAGAGCUUCGGCUCCAACAGGACGUGUUUGUGGGUCUAAAAUUAAACUGCUCCUCCACCUGCACUGCUAUGACAGCUGCGCACCCAGUUUUGGGUGUGACAAACAUCUUGCGCGUGUGUGUCAGGUUUUGGCAUUUAUCCAGGCUGAGUGGAGGCGCGGAUGACUUGACUUUAUUGUAUCGCCAUCGCUUCACCUGCUGAUGUGUUUUGGACAUUUUCUUAGUGGUCCAGACCAGAUGUUGUGGGGACACACAUGCAGGGCUGCUGCUGCAGAUGUGCCAGUGGUUUAUUUGCUGAUGUAGUGCUGGUCAGGAUAUAAAAGUUGAAGUCUUGCUCCUGAAGGUGUGGGCUCCAAAUGCAUUCGCUCCUGGGCCGGGAGAAGAAAGAAGAAGAAGCAGGAUUUGGGUUCGAUCUGGGUCUGUCUCCGGGCUUUCUGCCCCAAGCUGCCACCAUGUUCAGCUGUGUGGGCUGCUUCUGGGUGCUCCUCUCCUCCGCUCUGGUCGCCGUCUGCAGCUUCAGCUUCAUAUCCCCUGCCUGGAUUGUUAAGGACCAGCUGAGGAACAAUCACCACCAUCACAACAACAAGGACUCCGUGAGCUUCGGCUUGCUGUGGCACUGCUCGGAGUCUCUGGAUCACAUGUACAGAUGCUACACCUUCGGGGGACUGGGCAAAUUCGCAGAUAUCCCCUCCAGCUCCUGGCAGACCAGCGCGGUGCUCUGUUCAGGAGGCUGUGCCCUGCUGGCCGUCAGCUCUCUGUUGGCCAUCAUCACCAUCUUCCUGCCCAGCGGAGGAUGCGAGAGGAGGAUCUGCACCCUGGCUGGAUACAUGCAGAUGGCUUCAGUGUUCAUCAUGGCGGCUGGACUGCUGGUCUACCCCUUCGGCCUAAACUCCUCUCUGGUCAAAUCCUUCUGCGGGAACUCUGACAUCUACUACGCCGGCGAGUGCCAGAUCGGUUGGGGCUACAUGCUGGCUAUUGUCGGAGUCAUGCUCACCGUCUUCUUGCCCUUUUUUGCCAAAUAUGCACCGAAGGAGCACCUGUCCCCCACCCCUCUGCCCACGCUGUUAUAGUGCAUUGUUAUAGUGUGUGUCCCCCCCCCCCCUCCUGAUGUCAUGGAGAGACACCUGCAUCCCGUUUUCAAAGGUGAUGCUGUUUGGGACGCUUAACAACAAACACUGUCUUCCUGCAUCUGUUGUGUGACAUUUAGAUGGAAUGUUUUAUGUUACAAUAUUAAUCUGUGGGUUAUGAUUUUCAUCAUGAUGCAAGGACCUCACACGAUUUAAAAAAUUACCACAAACAUAACAAGUACUUGCUAAAAAUGAAAGUGUUGUUUUUCUCCUUCCUUUUUUUGUGUGAAGUCAACAUAUGUAACAUUCCAAAACAGGCUGGCUGCAUAAAGAGAGGACGCAUGAGAUGAUGUGGCUGUGACUGAAGAACGUUCGACUCAACAAGAGACACUUUGAACGGACUGAGAAUACUAAUGGAGUUGCAUCUACGGGUGUAUUGUGCUGAAGCCUUCCGACUGUACAUAUGGUCUGGAUUUAACAGAGAUGAUGUUAUAAAAGAAAAGAGAAAUCUGACGCUUUAAAGGAUGUUUGCUCUGCAGACUUUUUCUGUGUUCCAGUCUUGCGACUGGGCAGUGAACCAGUGGGAGUCGAGAAGACGUUUUAGCUUUCAAAGACAUUUAGUAACUGUCUCCAAGAUAAAAAAAAAUAAAAAAAGGACAAUAGACACAGCAUCAGACCUGCCGAGAGGACAAAUGGAAAUACUUUUCUCAUAACGAGGAAGUGAAUCAUGCUAAUACGUAGUGAUUUCAGAGCAGUGUUGUCAAAAAAUGUAUGUUGGGAUACUGCAUCCUUUCCUUUUCCCCAGAACUGUUUGUGUAACGUAACUCGCUUGUUAAAAACAUGAGAAAUUGUUUUCUGUCUACAACACACAAUACUAAACACUCUAAUUCAGGACAAAAUGAUUGCAAAAAGGGCAGAGAGAUGUAGGGAUUUUGUCAAACAAACGCAUGAUAAGAUGGGGCUUUGUUAAUGGUAGAACAAUUGAUCUAGAUUUUAAAUGUGAUCUGACCAACUUGUGCCUUUUAACAUAACCAAGACAAGUGUUUAAUACAAUUAUCAGGUUAUCAUCUUUUUCUGCUGAAAAACUGUGGAUCCUGUUGUGUGAUGUGUUUUUUUUUUCCUAAUAUAUUUUUCCUCUCUGAGGUUAAGUCUUUCUCCUGUACUUGAUGCAGUAUGAUCUCAUUAACUUGAGAAAAUGUUCUGGGGGAUAAAAAAGAGGAUGUCUUCUAAUCCUUGGAGGUAUAUCGGCAGAUAGAAAGGGAGGGGGGGGGGGGGGAGAGGCAGGCAGUGUACUUGUGUUCAAUUAUGCCCCGAGACAUUUUUGCCAAUUAUCUAGAAGAGAUAAAUCACUUGAAUUGCUAUAUUAAAAGGUUAUGACAUGCAGCUAACAGAUUAACUCCUGGCAUCCUCGUCUUACGUGAUUAAGAAAUUGAGUGGUAGAGGAGGGGAGCUGUACAAAUUGAACUUUGGUUAUCUGUGCUGAGCUGACACAUUAUUCACAUUAUGUGUAAAACGUGGCUUAAAAUAAUUAGCUCCUUAAGAAAGCUAAUGUGUUGCUGUGUUUUUUUUUACGUCAAUCCACUACUCCUUUAAAGCGCUGGCACCAUUCCUGUCAUAUUCCAAGGACAAAAUGUCUUCUUCUCCACUUGCUCUCCCUGUACACUGCCAAUUCCAUCAAGCUAGACUCCCUUUCCUAGUUGGUGUUUAUGUGCAUAUUAAUGUUGAAUGAUGGGUUGGAUUUUGCUAAUGGGUUCAUCUUUAAAUAUUCCCCAAAUGUGGGUUCCCAUAAUGACAUGACAUUAAGACAAUGACUGUGAUUAUGUUGCCAUAUUUGAAAGAAGGUCAGGAGAGAAGUGUUGUAUUGGACCUCAUACUGUGCUUGACUGUGGGAAUGACUGCACUGGAUUUAUUCCCCUAUUUGUUGAACCAUUGUGUGUAAAGUCUCAGCACUGGUGAAACUGUUUUGGUAGAUUAGAAUUAUUGUUUUUUCCAUUGUGAUGUUUGACUGUAAAUAAACUAACUGUACUUGAUAUCA